AUGCCACCGCCAACUCCAGUACUCCCGGACUCAUUUUUUGCCCCGGUCCUUGCCAUAGGGGAUAGAGAUCUCAAGAUUCGAUGGUACAUGUGCGUCAUCAUCAAUCUUUCGUCCCUCAAUUACGCCGAUGUUAUUCCCCAGGUGUAUUCGCACCUCGACUCCAGUCUCCUGUCUCAGCUCUCCCACAAUGACCGCUUCGAGGCUGUUCAUCGAAUUCGCGAGGGCCUUACAAAAUCUCUUGGUAUUGCCGGGGCGGCUAGAACGGGAAAUGCUAUUCGCAUCAUUUCCCACUGUACGCCCGAAGACUUGAGGCUGAAGAGCUCGCCGAGAUCGCUAGAAACCGAGGAAACCGCCAUCCAGAGGGGCAACGAGUUUUUCGGCAGGAUCUAUGACGGCAAUCCACUCUUCGACGUGCGUGACACUGAGAGAGCCAGCCCUGACUAUCUCUUCCUCGUCAAAGAUAUUGUAUACGGGAGACUCUUCUCAUAUGACGCGAUCAUCGAUGACACGACCUCCUCGUAUGCCAUGGUGUCGGCACUAUAUGGGAUGAACAGUCCAGGCCAGAUGCGUAACCACAUGAUUGGCAUGUUGCUGAACGGUGCCAGCAGGGACGAACUGAUAGAGCUUCAGAAGUUACUUCUUGGGCUGGCAGAGAUCCUUGGGGUCACGUUUAGAUUCGAGCCCGUUCCAGUUCCCACGCUUCCUGUAGAAAAGAACUGA